CUGUCCUGUGAGGAGUGAACGGCUUCUAUCCUCUGUGGUCGUUAGGGAUACAGCGGUACCGACGCGCUUCUCCAGACAAAUAAAGCUGAAACAGAUUCACAGUUUUACAGUGGAUUUCAUAUUUUUUUUUACCACUUUAUCGUUUCCACAGAGCUGCCCCUAGAAUGGAGCUGCUGCCUGACGUAUGGAGGCAGGAAUACUGGCUUCCUCCAGGUGUGACCUGGAGAGACAUGGAACAACUGGAAGAGUCUGACCGGCCCCGACCCCAUGACCUCCUCAUAGCUCUGCCCCUCGCGUUGGGCUUCGUUGCCCUACGCUACGUAUUUGAGAGGUUUUUUGCCCCACCCAUGGGCAGAUGUUUAAGGGUGAAAAAAAGACUGCAGGUGACUGCUGUCCCUUCCCCAAAGCUCGAGAAGUUUUACACCCAGCAGAGCAGACAGCCGACACAGAGUGACGUUGUUAGUUUGAUGUCGCUGUGUGGAAAAACCCAGAGGCAGAUUGAGAGGUGGUUCAGACUUCGCAGGAACCAAGACAGGCCCUGUCAAACCAAGAAGUUUGGAGAAGCUGCUUGGAGGUUCUUUUUCUAUCUCACAGCAUUUAUGGCCGGACUGGCCUGUUUGAUUGAUAGGCCGUGGUUCUGGGACCUCAGGGAAUGUUGGAGGAAAUAUCCAUUUCAGCCCAUGGAGAGAGCUCAUCACUGGUACUACAUGCUAGAGCUGGGUUUCUAUGGCUCUUUGCUCCUUAGGAUCUCUGUGGACAUCAAGAGGAAGGAUUUUAAAGAACAGGUCAUCCACCAUUUGGCCACCAUUUUCCUGCUCAGCUUCUCCUACUGUGCCAACUACAUUCGCAUCGGCACCUUGGUCAUGCUGCUUCAUGACUCCUCUGACAUCCUGCUCGAGUCUGCCAAGAUGUUCAACUACGGCACAGGCUGGAGGAAAACUUGUGACACGCUGUUCGUUGUGUUUGCUGUGGCCUUCCUUGUGACUCGACUGGUGAUUUUCCCCAGCAAAAUCAUCCAUACCACCCUGGUUCUGUCAAUGGAGGCGUUUGAACCUUUUUUCGGCUAUUACUUUUUCAACGUCCUGCUGAUGGUGCUGCAAGUUCUUCACAUCUUCUGGGCGGGCUUAAUCUUACGCAUGGUUUAUAAGUUCCUGAAAGGCAAGCUAGAAAAAGAUGAACGAAGUGAUGAAGAGAGCGAGGUUGAAGAGGAAGAUGACGAUAAAGGAGGAAAAGAAAAUAUGGAUCAAGGAGAAGAUUAUUGUUGGAAUAAAAGUAAAAACACCAUAAACUCACAACUGUCUAUGCUGACCAACAAUUGUGUCCUUAAUAACUUGACCAACCACAGGGCAUCUGUAGCCGACAGGAUGCGUAAAGCUCAGUAAAGUCUUGAUGAGUUAUGCUUUAAUCAAGUCCAGUGUGUGUAUAAUACUUUGCACUAUUUAAGUCAGCCCAUGAUUCCUUUUAGGUAAAUUGCCAGUGGCGGGGAAUCAUGAUUGUUUAUUGUAAAACUGUUAGCAGAGGAUAGUUUCGAUCUAUCGACCUCUGGGUUAUGGGCCCAGCACGCUUCCGCUGCGCCACUCUGCUACACAGCCUAGAUGGGACUAAGACCAACAAUGACUGGCUUAGGAGGACAAUGCCAUAUCUAUUAAAAGCCACUGGGGUGGGUGCUAUAGUGUCUACUCAUUUAUAAAUCACUUUCAAUGGACAGGGAUGGUACUAAGUGUGACAAAUCAGGGAGUCAUAAAAAGAGUUCAGUCCCUGCCUGGUUUCUUCUUCGUAGCCUACACAUUGUCUACACUUUUGUAAUAAGUUAAGUUCACAAAAUACUUGUUCAUAAACAAAAAUGAAAUUGUGACUCCAAUAGCUGAUGUAAGACCCAGAAUUAAUUAUGUUUUCGACUUUUGUUACACAACAUACAAGUAGAAAACAAAAUUCAUCAUUUUAUUCUUUCCAGUAUGUCUAUUUGUAUGCCUAUUAAUUGAUAAACUGUCAUAUGUGAUUCAGUCCAAUUAUAUUGUUUUAUUGACUAAUCUUUUGAAUCUUACUUGCACAGUCCAUCAUUAGACAGGUUAUUUAGGUCUUUACAGCAAAAAAGAUGAUCUGUUAUAACAAGAGUUAAUCUUUUAUAAAUGCAACCUUUUGUCAUUCAUAAAUUAUAUGUUUGUUAAUUGUUUAGAGUUUAGUAACUCAUUGCACCUGUUAAUAGUUUUUGACCAAGACUGCUAACAAAUUCCUUUUUGGAAAUGCAUUAAUUUGAUAUAUUUAGGAUCUGCCCAUGUUAUCUUUUUUCUUCCCAUUUUUGCACGGAUACACAGCAUUUUCUCUGGGGGAUAAAAAAGGAUACAUUUAUUUAAUCCAUCACAGACACAUCCUCCUGUACCAAUACAGUCUAUGGGUGACACUAGCCUGAACCAUGACAUGUAACAGACGUGUAAUAUAAUAGUAUCAACUGAAAAUGUGUGUAAUUGAGGUAACGUUAAGAGGUAGGUAUAUACAUAUAGUAAUGUCGUUUGACACGUACUAUUUGCUUGACCAAAUAUAGCUCAAAACCGUGAUUGCUGAUGGAGCAUGGAUUUAUAAAGGGUGGGCCCGCACCUUUCCUAAUAAAACAUGUGAUCAACUUUC